CCCCAGCCAGCUUGCUUAACCACUUGUAUGUCCUUUAUUGCUAUAACCUCCCUCAGUCACAAAUCCAAUCUAGAUCGAAUGAUCCCUCAGUCAUUCGGAUGCAAUCAAUGCACCGCAUAAACCCGUCAAACAACCACAUCGCCAGCAGUAAGUACCACAUUCCACGAUUUCCUCUCAUCCAUCCAUUUGGCUUGGCGGGCAAACACACAUGCUGCAGAUGCAGAUGCCGACACACGCAUGCAAUCAAUCAAUCAGCCGGAACGAAUUAAGACAGACAGAGAGACAGACAGACAUGUGGGCAUAAAUAAGUGAUACUGACGGCCAACCACGCACUCCACACGCACACAGAUACGUUCAUGGAGAUAGAUCCCUCACCCGCCCCUCUCCAUCUCUCUCUCUCUCUGACCAACUCACAAACACCCAGCAUCGAUCCAUCGACUCACUCACCACUCAUUUAUCAUUCAAGAUCCCUCAGCCCCCUCAAGCCCCGGAGGUGGUGGUGCCAGGCCGCCGCCCGACACAGUGGGCGGCGUGGAGCUUGCAAACAAGUUGUGGAACGGCCCAGGCACAGGACCACCAGCGGUGCCACCGUUCCCCCUCGCCGCAUUAUCUCGGUAAUAGCUGCUGGGGUAGAGAGGGAACCCGCGUGCGGGCGUGUGGGGGGUGACAGAAAAGAGCGAGGGAGGCGUCAGAGGUCGGAGUGCCAUUGGCUGGGGCUGGGCCUGUGGCUGUGGCUGCGGUGACGGCUGCCUGCGGUGCUGCUGGGGUGGGAGGGACGGGGUGGCUGGUGCUGGUGGUGGCCACAGAGUCGCUCCAGGCUGGAAGGCGCCCCAUGACUUGUAUGGCGGAAGACUGGCCGACGAAAACAGCGACACCGACCCCGCUGAUGGUUUGUGAAGAUGCCCGCCGCUGGUCAUGGUCUGUGUCAUGGCCGGUGCCAUGGCCGCCCCCGUCGCCUGGUCAGCACGGCUGUCAUGUCCAUUCAGGGGCGGGUUGAAGCCAGCUGGGGGAAACACGGGCUGCGGCGGGCCGGGUGGGCCAGACGACAGGACGCCACGGAGGGGGUGAGAUCCCUGAGGUUCCGCCAUGGCGGCCUUGUUUGGGUUGCUCAUGUCGGGUGGGGUGCCGUCGAUUGUCCUGGCGGUGUCUCGGCUAAAGGGCCCCACAAGGCCAUGUCGUGCCGAGAAGGGCCCUCCAGCAGCUGCCCCUGAUGCCGAUGAGGCCUUGAGCUCCUCUGCCAAGAAAUGGCCACGCUCCUUCUUGAAGGAAGACGGUGGUGCUGGCACGCUGGCCAGCGUUUCGGUCGUGGAAGGGCCGACCAACCCAUUCCACACCACCCCGGCACCACCACCACCAGCAGCACCACCACCACCAGCAGCAGGGACAGGAGCAGCAUCGCGCCCCUGCUGCUCCUCUCUCUCCUUGAUCUCCCGUGGCUUGAUGAGUGGCUGGGCGGUCUGUUGGUGUGGGUGUUGGUGUGGGUGUGGAUGUCUCUGCUGUGAGGCGAAGGGGUGUGGGGGCAUUGGUGGUACGGGGACGAGGGGCGAGAGGGGUCCGUAGCUGUACUCGAGAGGGAAGAAGAGCAGGUGUGGGUGUUUCUUGGUGAGGAGGGAGUGGCACUUGUCCGUGUAGGUCAGGUAGUCCAGGUGCAGGUCCAGCCACGCCUGGGCAAUGUUCUUGGGCGUCAUCAGCUCGAUCGGCAGCUCAGACAGGAAGGCUACCAUUAUCGAGUACUGAGGCUCCUUCCGACUGCACACACACAUACACACACACAUGGUCUCGUCGGUGGCUGCGCAGGUGUAGUUAGUUGCCUUCUUCGCUUACGUCUCAAACACUCGCACAAGGUACUGCGCCAACUCACGCCUGAAGGGAACAGAGACAGCACAGCACCAUGAAUCGACCGACUCGCCCGCUCUGUGUAUGUAUGUGUCUCUGUCUGUCGACAAGCCACCCCCACCGGGGCCCUCUGUUACCUGAGGAAAGCCGUGACGGCCGGCUGGAAGCAGGCGUCGAACCUGUUCUCCAGCCACGUGAGGGGCGGCUCUUGCUUCUUGGUGCGUCUCUUUUCCUUCUUGCCGCCGUUGUCUGCCCUGCGGAAGGUGCCGUCCUCGCCCCUGACCCUGGCCUUCUUGCCGUGCUGCUUCUUGUGCGCCUUGCGCAGUAUCUUGGUGGCCUCCUCGACAAACCGCUCGAUCAUCUCCUCGUCCCCCAACUGAGACAGAAACUUGCUGUUGUCCUCACGCCGCUUCUUCCGACCCGCACGCCGCAGAUCGUCCGGGUCGAUGUCCUCCAACACGAAGUCGCCGUCGUCCUCGUGGUCACCCCUCGCCCGGGCCCUCUUCUUGCGCCUGCGCCGCUUGGCCCCCUCGUCGCUCGACAGGUCUUCCAUGGCGUACAGCUGGUCGAACGUCGUGAUGUCCUGAUACAUGGGCGACUCGUCGUCAUCGGCUCCUGGCGAGGGCGAGGGUCGCGAUGGCGCCAGCGGGUGUCUCUUGACGCCAGAGAGUUCGUAGUGCGCGUCGAGGACGGUCUUCAUGCGGUCUGAUUUGGAGGGGCUCGACUGCUCGUUGGGGUCGAGCCCCAGCCGCCAAGCACGCUCCACACGAGCGGCCUUCCUCACCGUCGCCAAGGCCGCGAUCGCCUGCAGCUCCUCCUCUGACGCACGAGAUGGCGGCUCUCGCUGAGGGUGGUCACCCUUGUCAACACCCUCCAUGCCGCCCUCGUCUUGCUCCUCCGUGGCAUCCCCUUCUGACUUGGAGACCAUCUUGGCGUCUCGAAGGUCCCCCUGCAUGUCCUGCAUCCUGCGGUCCUCCAUGGCCACGGCCAACUCGUAGUCGCUGUUGAACGACCGCUGGCGGAACCGCACUGCAUGCGCCUCCCGAACGUUGCGGAUGAACCGCCCGAUGCUGUCUCCCUUCAUGUCGGGGGAUGACGACUCGCCCCGACGAACCCUCACGAGGGGGGGCCGGGGCCUUCUCGCCUGGUCGGAGCCUUCCUCUGACUCUUCUUGAUCGGCCUCGUGUGGCGGCUGUAGGUGUGUGCGUCGGGGCGGCGGGGGACACAUGCGGCGGAGGAUCGACAGAUCUUCCUUGACGGCCGCGGGGGCGGCGUGGAUGCGCCAGGGGAAGCGGCGCUUGACUCUGCGCUUCCGUCGGGUGACCAUGCCUUGCUGCUGCUGCUGCUGCUGCUGGUUAAACUGCUGGCUGGAGGGGGCGGGCGAGGGGCGCUUCGACGCACCUGCGCCCUUGAUUUGCUGCUUCCUGCCUGCUGGCGGGGUAUGUAUCCGGUAGCUGUUGUGGAGGGCGGUCUCUCCCGCCACGCCCUCGUCACCCCCACCAUCAUUUUUGCGAACGAAGCGGCCGUCCUUGCCGCGAACAUGCCGAGACUUCCGGGGCACCUGCUGGCUCUUGGCCAGGGCAGCAGAGGGCAAACCAUCAGGGAUGCCCGGUGUGUGCGGUAGGGGGGAGAGGGUGCCCUUGCCGCCCCGGUCCCGAGUGCGCUUGAGCUCUGCCUCUCGUAGGUCCCCGAUGCGGACGUCCUCUAUGGGGGCCUGGCCGAGCCCCGCCUGGUCAUCGCCGGUGUGUCGGUACUGCACCCACGGCCAGCCGUCAUCGAUGACCAGGGCGAUGUACUCACCGCGGUGAUCCAUGACACGACCCUUCACCUGCACCGCACCGACAGAUAUUCAAAUGACCGUGUGUGUGUCGAGUCGAGUGAGUCGAGUCGAUGGGUGUGUGUGGACCGUACCUCGAUGGGCGCCCCAGGGAGGAGGAACUUGAUCUGUCUCAUCAUCUCCCGGAUCUCCCGCGGCAGCCGACGCCGCACCCCGCCCUCCUGACCCCUCUUGACGCCCAACACACCACCCCCACCACCCUCCAUCCCAAACGUGGGCAGGGGCGGGAUCGAGAAAUCCCCCUCUCUCCCCGCCCGGCCCUCGGGUGUCACUUCCAUGUUCUGCGACGCCCACUCCUCCUCCGUGUUGCUGGGUGGGGGCGUCACGCCACCCCGCAUCUUGCGCUUGGCGGCCGGCUGCACCUGGCUGGUGCCCAACGAUGACCGCCGACCUGGUCGGGCUGUGGGGGUGGCGGGGAGCAGGGGCGUGUUGGCCUUGGAGGACGAUGCAGAGGGGUCUGCCGCGCCGGCCGUGAGCGACUCUUGUGUGCCGGGGCCGGCAGGAGCAGUGCGCUUGGAACGACUGCAGGAAAGGUAGGCAGCACAGGACAGCACAGAAGUGGUGCAGAACGGCUCCGUGUCUGUCUGCCUGCCUGUGUGCUGUGUGCUGUGUGCUGCUCUUUGCGUCUUUUACACAGGUCGUUCGCUUGCAGUGAGGUCGGCUGACCAGCCCUUGCCGAGACGAACGCAGUGAGCUGGAGCCUGCACACACACACACACACACAUGGACCAGAUAGAUGUGUGGAUGCAGUUAAAUAUGUCGAUCUCUGGCUGUACGGUACCAAAUCUCGCUUACUGACUGACCUUGAACUCAGUGGUUCGUGACCAUCCGGCGAGUCUGCAUGUGACGAACCGCUGGCCGCCCUCCUCGACGGUCCCCAGCACCCAACCGCUCUCUAUCGUCUCUAUUCCUGGCCACUUGACCUGGAUCUUGGCACCUACACACAUCACAUCACCCACACGCAUGCCGUCCGUCCAUCCAUCCAUCCAUCCAUCCAUACACAUGUGCCAGAUGUGCCAGUGUGGUGUGAGAGUGCAUCCAUGGUAUGGUAAGGGCAGCCUGGCAUAUAUACAUACCCGGCACAAGGAUGCGUGGGUCGAUAGGUUCCUCUGCAGCAGCGCCCUCAGACGCAGCUCCGGCUCGCCCUGGGCAAUCACUGCCACCGUCCUGGGGCACAUCCCUGUCAGUCAGGCCACACACACACACACACUCCAUCUAGCUUCAUUGACUGACUGACGCACAUCAAAUGCACACUCUUCCCCCUCGUAUGCUCUGCACACACCACACACUAACCUCUGUCCGUUGAGACCAUUUCCUUCGGUCGAAAGGGCGAUUUCGAGCUCAGGCGAGCCCGUGUCGUCACGAGGGGGCGGCGGAGGUGGGGUGGCUGGUCGGGGUGGGGGGGCCUGUGGCGCGGCCUUGGGUGCCGGCAAAGGGUGCUUCCGCGGCCUCCCUGGUCCCCUCUUCUUGGGCGCCGCCGCUGACGCUGCCGCUGACGCCGCUGCCGAUGCCGAUGAUGGCUUGUUCUCUUUGUUGUUCCUCUUCUGGCGCCUGUCUUGCCUCUGGAUCUGCUGGGCCAGCAGGGCUGCCUGGGCUAGACGCGGAUCUGAGCGAACGAGGGGAGUGGGCGAGGCCAGGCACACAGACACAACACAACACGAGCAAGGCAUCGAUGAGCGUCCAUGCUCUCACGAUAGGAUGUGAUGUGGCUGGGUGUGUGGCUUGUGCGUGUGUGUGCGCGUGUGUGGGUGGACGGCUCACCUCGCGAUGCAGCCGGCUUCGAGUCGGCCUGCGCUGAAGAGCCCGACAUAAUCGAAUCGAUGGAUGCCUUGCAGAAAUCGAGAGUCUCCACCCGCUCAGACAACAAACACCUGUGAAGCAGUCAGUCAAAGUCGAGAAGGGGACCCAUCAGCCAGCGAAAGAUGCCAACCAACACGCCAUGAGACAGCCCGUCCUUGAGCACUCCCCCUCACCUCCUACAGAGCGAUCCCAACCGCAGAUCAGCCCAAUGAACCAACCGUCCAGCAAGACGCCAGCACGGGAGUCAGAUCGUGCCGCUGUGGGUGAGAUAUCAGCCCGUUUCCUUCCUGUCGCCCCGGUCAGAUGGGUCGCACGCGGUCUGAAUGCGCCCCCUGUCACCACAAAAGCCGUGUCGGGUGGUCCACAGAUCCGUCACACGGGGAAGAAGCCUUGAAAGGACGGAUCUGUGCACUCUCGCAAGACAAACGCCUUUAAACACACCUGAGACGUCGGACAGGACGCUCGGUCCGACGAGAUGCGCCGCUAACGUUGAGAAAAAGAUCUGACAU